AUGGGUGACAAUGAAGCAAAUGAACAUCCCUCUGAAGAUAACUCGAACGGGCAAAAUGCCACGACCAACAAUGAUGAGGAUCAAAGCAGAAGUGAUACUUACAAUUACGAAAAUGACCAAGGAGAAAAUACAACACAGAUCCCAUCUCCUAUGAUAAAUAAUGGAGGCAUGUCACGACGCUCCUUACUGGGUACAGGAAUUCCAAAUCUUCCCAUUAAUGUGAAUCUAUUUAGUAACCAUCAGAGUAAUCAUAACAACAUGUAUUACAAUAUGCAACAAUACGAUAUUAAUCCUAAUUUGAUUGAAUUACCAGAAAAGGGAAAAAACGGGUCAACAAAUGCUAUCUCAGGGGGAGCAAUGGGGGCAAACUUUAUGAACAACAUGAACACAUUUCCUCCAAAUAUGUCCAAUGUACCAUCUAACAUUAUGGGUAUGCCUCCCAAUAUGCAGAACCUGCCACCAAACAUGAGCAGUCUCCCACCACACAUGAGUAGUCUACCACCAAAUAUGCAAAAUCUCCCACCAAAUAUGCAAAAUCUCCCACCGAAUAUGCAAAACCUACCACCAAAUAUGCAAAACCUACCACCAAAUAUGCAAAACCUACCACCACACAUGGGUAUCCCCCCUCCGAACAUGCCAAAUAUGGGGAAUAUGCCACCUCCUAGAAACGCCUUACCACCUAAUAUGAAUUUUCUACCACCCAAUAUGAACCCCAUGAUGCCAAAUAUGAUGAACUUUCCACCACCACCUUUUAUGAUGAAAAUGAAAAACAUGAUGAACAAUGCAACACAAGGAAUGAAUGGGGCUCCCUUUUACUUCCAUCCCAAUGGGCCACAUAUGUCUAAUUACGCACAAGGAGGAAUGGACCAUAUGACUGAUCCCUUUGGAAAUAAUCUUAAUCACUUUCCUGCAUCUAUGUAUCUAAAUGACAAUGGAGGAGGGGCAGAAGAUUUUUAUGGGUACAACAAUGAUGAAGAAGAUUAUAUGCGAGGUGAGAAACGAAAUAGCACAGAAGAUAUACAUGAUGAAUACAUCCCAAGAAGUGAAAAAAGAAAAAGGAGAAGAAGGAGGAGACAUUAUGAUGAUGAAAGUUAUUAUGCCAGGAUGAAAUAUCACCAUAUGGAAGAACCUAUUGAUGAUACAUCUGAUAAAGGAAUUAUACCUGAACAAAGCGAAUUUAACAUAAUAAAAGAAAAAGCACGAAAAUGGAAAAUGUUAAAUAGUAAAAAAUAUUCGAAAAAAAAAAAAUUUGGUGUAAUCGAAGAAAAAGAAGAAAUGCCAUGUGAACAUUUGAGAAAAAUAGUAAAAGAACAUGGUGAUAUGAGUAACAAAAAGUACAGAUAUGAUAAGAGAGUUUAUUUAGGUGCAUUGAAAUAUGUUCCACAUGCAGUUUUUAAGUUGUUAGAAAACAUACCCAUGCCCUGGGAACAAAUAAAAAACACAAAGGUUAUAUAUCAUAUCACUGGUGCUAUAACAUUUGUGAACGAAAUUUUUGUUGUUAUUGAUCCUUUGUACAUUGCUCAAUGGGGAACUAUGUGGAUCAUGAUGAGAAGAGAAAAAAGAGACAGAAAACAUUUUAAAAGAAUGAGAUUUCCUCCUUUUGAUGAUGAAGAACCACCACUUGAUUAUGCAGAUAACAUUUUAGAUAUAGAGCCCUUAGAAUGUAUACAAAUGAAGUUAGACAAAGAUGAAGAUAAAAGUGUUAUAGAUUGGUUUUAUGAUUCCAAACCAUUAUUAUAUGACAGAAAUCAUAUUAUGGGUACCAGCUAUAAAAAAUAUAAACUAAAUCUUGAACAAAUGGGGGUACUCUACAGAUUAGGAAAUCAACUCUUUAGUGAUUUUCAGGAUGAUAACUAUUUUUAUCUAUUUAAUUUAAAAUCAUUUUAUACAGCCAAGGCACUCAAUAUGGCCAUACCUGGUGGGCCAAAAUUCGAACCUUUGUAUAGAGAUAUAUAUGAAGAUGAUGAAGACUGGAAUGAGUUUAAUGAUAUUAAUAAAAUCAUCAUACGUCAACAGAUAAGAACUGAAUAUAAAAUUGCUUUCCCUUAUUUAUAUAAUAAUAGGCCGAGAAAAAUUGCAGUUAGUAAAUAUCAUUCCCCUAUGUGUGUCUACAUCAAAUUGGAAGAUAUAGAUUUACCUCCAUUCUACUUUGAUCUUAUUAUAAACCCAAUUCCGUCUUAUAAAAUAAGAAAUUUUAAUAAUCCAGAAAAGGAGAAAAAGGAUUUAGAUCAGUUCUAUCUUAUUUUCACAAGGAAGGAGUUUCAUUACAGCUCGGUUCAUGACAAGGAGAAAAAUGAAUCCCAAUCAAGUCACGGUAGAAAUGAGAAAGCAGGAAAUUCUGACCACGAUGUUCGAAGUGGUUACAGCAGUGAUGGAAGUAGAGGAAGUAGUGGAAAGAACGGAAGGAGAACUAACACGAAAGGCAGAAAAACUAGGAAGAGUAGAAACGAAAGUAAACAUUAUACAAGUGAUCGAGACUACAAAAAAGGGAAUCAAAAUGAUUCAGGUAAGGAAUCCAUGAGGGAGAAAAAAAGGGAUUACAAUUCCACACACGAUCCAACCAUAACAGAUGAUUACCAAGAUGAUCAUGAUGAUCACCAUCAUGAAAAUAGGGACGAUACAACUUACAGCAAUGGAAGUAGAUCUAAACGAAAAGGUAGUCAUCACCAUGGCCAAGAACGUCACGGUCAACAAAGCCACAGCAGCGACGAUAGUGCUAAUAACAGCAGCACAAACAUCUGCAGCAGCAAAUACAAAGAUGAUGAUGAUGAUCAAGACCAAUUUGACAACAGUACUAUUGAAAAUUAUGGAGGGGAUGAUAGUUCUAACAGGAGUUAUCACAAAAGAAGUAAGAAGAAGAGAAAGAAUCCAUCAUUCGAGGAUGACGAUGCUAAAGGUGAUGAUUUAGAAGAUGAGGAUGAUAAUGAUGAUGGGGGAAAGGAAAAAAUGAAUGUACAAAAAAAAGAUUGGACAAAACCAAAUAGGAAAAAAGUUAUCAUAAAAAAUGUCCAAUAUGGAAUUUUGCCCUUAUUAAAUGAAUAUCCACUAUAUACUGAAAGAACCAUCAAUGGAAUUCAACUGUAUCACGCACCUUACCCAUUUAACAAAAAGUGUGGAUAUACAAGAAGAGGAAUCGAUAUUCCCCUUGUGCAAUCCUGGUUUAAAGAACAUAUAUCUACAAAGUAUCCUGUGAAGGUUAGAGUUUCUUAUCAAAAACUUUUAAAAUGUUGGGUUCUGAAUCAUUUACAUUCGAAGAGACCAAAAAGUAUGAAGAAAAAAUAUUUAUUCCGAAUUUUCAAAAGUACGAAAUUCUUUCAAUGUACCGAAAUGGAUUGGGUAGAAGUGGGCCUACAAGUAUGUAGACAAGGAUAUAAUAUGCUGAAUUUGCUAAUCCAUCGUAAAAAUUUAAAUUACUUACAUUUGGAUUACAAUUUUAAUUUGAAACCAGUUAAAACAUUAACUACGAAGGAGAGAAAAAAAUCACGUUUUGGAAAUGCUUUUCAUUUAUGUAGAGAAAUACUUAGAUUAACGAAAUCUAUAGUAGAUUCACAUGUGCAGUACAGAUUAGGAAAUAUUGAUGCAUAUCAGUUAGCGGAUGGCAUUCAAUACAUAUUUUCACAUGUUGGACAGUUAACAGGAAUGUAUAGAUAUAAAUACAAACUUAUGAGGCAAGUUCGAAUGUGUAAAGAUUUAAAACAUUUAAUAUAUUACAGAUUUAACACAGGUUCUGUUGGAAAAGGUCCAGGAUGUGGUAUGUGGGCCCCCUUAUGGAGAGUAUGGAUUUUUUUUCUAAGAGGUGUAAUACCAUUACUAGAAAGAUGGCUAAGCAAUUUACUGGCAAGACAAUUUGAAGGGAGAGUUUCAAAAGGGAUUGCAAAAACGGUUACAAAACAGAGAGUAGAAAGCCACUUUGAUUUAGAACUAAGAGCAGCAGUUAUGCAUGACAUAAUUGAUAUGAUUCCAGCAGGGCUGAAAAAUAAUAAAGGAAAAGCAAGGCUUAUUUUACAACAUCUUAGUGAAGCAUGGAGAUGUUGGAAAGCUAAUAUCCCAUGGAAAGUAGUUGGACUACCAUUACCAGUUGAAAAUAUGAUUAUUCGGUACAUAAAACUCAAGGCAGAUUGGUGGAUAAAUGCAACCUAUUAUAACAGAGAAAGGAUUAAAAGAGGUGCUACUGUUGACAAAACUGUUUGUAAAAAAAAUUUAGGUAGAUUAACAAGACUAUGGCUUAAGGCAGAACAGGAAAGGCAACAUGAAUAUUUAAAGGAUGGCCCAUAUGUUAGUGGAGAAGAAGCAGUUGCAUUGUACACCACAGCAAUUCAUUGGUUUGAAUCUCGUAAAUUUACUCACAUUCCAUUUCCGCCUUUAAAUUAUAAGCAUGACACAAAAUUACUCAUUUUAGCAUUGGAAAAGCUCAAAGAAACAUUUACUGUUAAAAAUAGACUUAACCAAUCACAGAGAGAAGAAUUAGGGUUCAUAGAACAGGCAUAUGAUAACCCAUAUGAAACACUGUCAAGAAUAAAAAGACAUUUACUGACACAAAGAGCAUUUAAAGAAAUUGCAAUUUCUUUCCUAGAUUUAUAUACCCACUUAGUUCCAGUAUACGAAGUUGAUCCAUUGGAAAAAAUUACGGAUGCAUAUCUAGAUCAAUAUCUAUGGUAUGAAGGAGAUUUAAGAAAUUUAUUUCCCAAUUGGGUAAAGCCGUCAGACAAUGAACCACAACCAUUGUUAGUUUAUAAAAUGUGUCAAGGGAUAAACAAUUUACACAAUAUUUGGGAAACGAAAAAUAAUGAAUGUCUCGUAAUGCUUCAAACACAGUUUAGUAAGAUUUAUGAGAAAAUUGAUUUGACACUUUUAAAUCGAUUAUUACGUUUAAUUGUUGACCACAACAUUGCAGAUUAUAUAACUGCCAAGAACAAUACCAAUAUUACAUUUAAAGAUAUGAAUCAUAUAAAUUCCUUUGGUAUCAUCAGAGGGUUGCAAUUUUCUUCCUUCGUAUUUCAGUACUAUACCAUUAUAAUCGAUUUGCUCAUUCUAGGAUUGACUAGAGCAUAUGAAAUUGCAGGUCCUUACAAUGAUGUGAAUCCAUUUUUAAGUUUUCAAAAUGUUCAUAUAGAAACGAGACAUCCAAUAAGACUAUACUGCCGAUAUGUGGACAAAAUAUGGAUUCUCUUCAAAUUUACAAACGAAGAAUCGAAAGAUUUGAUUCAGAAAUUUUUAACAGAAAAUCCUGAUCCAAAUAAUGAAAACAUCGUUGGGUAUAAUAACAAAACUUGUUGGCCUAGAGAUUGUCGAAUGAGAAAAAUGAAACAUGAUGUUAAUUUAGGUAGAGCUACAUUUUGGGAAAUACAAAAUAGAAUUCCAAGAUCAUUAACUUCCCUAGAUUGGGAUCAUCACAAUACCUUUGUUAGUGUUUAUUCGAAAGACAAUCCUAAUUUACUAUUCACUAUUGCUGGGUUUGAAGUCCGUAUAUUGCCAAAAAUAAGACAGUUAGCAUAUGGAAUUAAUAUGUACACGAACUACAUAAAUGAGUAUGCCAAAAUUGAAUCGGGUAAAGACGAAACUGAAAAAAAAACAGCUUCAAAUCUGAACAAGAAUAAUGGAGAGAAAAAUGUAGUAAUUUCAUCCAGCGAAAAGGAAGGAACUUGGAAGUUACAGAAUGAAGUAACAAAAGAAAUUACAGCCGAAGCAUAUCUAAAAGUUUCAGAAAAUAGCAUGAAAAGAUUUGAAAACCGAGUUAGACAAAUAUUAAUGUCUUCAGGAAGUACUACAUUCACAAAAAUUGCCAACAAAUGGAAUACAACUCUUAUAGGAUUAAUGACUUACUUUCGAGAAGCCGUUUUAGAUACAGAAGAAUUGUUAGACCUAUUGGUAAAAUGUGAAAAUAAAAUACAGACACGUAUCAAGAUAGGAUUAAAUUCUAAGAUGCCAUCACGUUUUCCUCCAGUUGUAUUUUACACACCUAAAGAAUUGGGAGGUCUAGGAAUGUUAUCCAUGGGCCAUAUAUUAAUACCAGAAUCCGAUUUACGAUAUAUGAAACAAACAGAUAGUGGGAAAAUAACACAUUUUAGAGCUGGUUUGUCUCAUGAAGAAGAUCAGCUAAUACCAAAUUUGUACAGAUACAUAUCCACGUGGGAAAGUGAAUUUUUAGAAAGCCAAAGAGUAUGGUGUGAAUAUGCUUUAAAAAGAAACGAAUGUCACAAUCAAAAUAAAAAAAUUACAUUGGAAGAUUUAGAAGAUUCUUGGGAUAAAGGUAUACCUAGAAUUAAUACCCUUUUUCAGAAGGAUAGGCAUACAUUAGCUUAUGACAAAGGAUGGAGAAUAAGACAGUUGUUUAAACAAUAUCAAAUUAUUAAGAGUAACCCAUUCUGGUGGACAAAUCAAAGACACGAUGGAAAAUUAUGGAAUCUAAAUAAUUAUAGAACCGAUAUGAUUCAAGCUUUAGGAGGUGUAGAAGGGAUACUAGAACACACCCUAUUUAAGGGAACCUUCUUUCCAACAUGGGAAGGAUUGUUUUGGGAAAAAGCUAGCGGUUUUGAGGAAUCUAUGAAAUAUAAAAAAUUAACAAAUGCUCAGAGAAGUGGAUUAAAUCAAAUUCCUAACAGAAGAUUUACCUUAUGGUGGUCCCCAACAAUCAAUCGUGCAAAUGUAUAUGUAGGAUUUCAAGUGCAGUUAGAUUUAACGGGUAUAUUUAUGCAUGGAAAAAUACCCACUUUAAAAAUAUCGUUAAUACAAAUAUUUAGAGCACAUCUCUGGCAGAAAAUUCAUGAAUCUCUCGUUAUGGACAUAUGUCAAGUGUUCGAUUUGAAUUGUGAUUUACUAGACAUUGAAACGGUACAAAAAGAGACUAUUCAUCCCAGAAAAUCCUACAAAAUGAAUAGUUCUUGUGCAGAUAUUCUCCUAUUUGCUAACUAUAAAUGGGGAAUUUCCAAACCUUCAUUACUAUCAGAUGAAGAUAACAUAUUUCUGAAUAAUUUAGAAAUUAAGUCGAAUAAUUCUCUAGCUCUAGGUUCUUAUCCAUACACAUCUAAUCAAUACUGGAUUGAUAUUCAACUACGAUGGGGAGAUUUUGAUUCUCACGAUAUUGAAAGAUAUAGUCGUGCCAAAUUUCUAGAUUAUACUACAGAUAAUUUGUCUAUAUAUCCAUGUUUAACCGGAGUUUUAAUAGGUGUGGAUUUGGCAUAUAAUUUAUAUUCAGCAUAUGGAAACUGGUUUAAUAAUCUGAAACCAUUGAUGCAGAAAGCUUUGCAAAAAAUUAUUCAGUCCAAUCCAUCACUUUAUGUUUUGCGAGAACGAAUUAGAAAAGGACUUCAACUAUAUUCUUCAGAACCCACAGAACCGUAUCUAAAUACGCAGAAUUAUAAUGAACUUUUCUCAUCGCAAACCAUCUGGUUUGUUGAUGAUACUAAUGUUUAUAGAGUUACAAUUCAUAAAACGUUUGAAGGAAAUCUUACUACUAAGCCAAUAAAUGGUGCCAUCUUUAUAUUGAACCCGAAAACGGGUCAAUUGUUUUUAAAAAUCAUACACACAUCUGUAUGGAUAGGACAGAAACGUUUAUCUCAGCUAGCCAAAUGGAAAACAGCAGAAGAAGUUGCUUCGCUAAUUAGAUCACUCCCUAUUGAGGAACAACCAAAACAAAUUAUUGUAACAAGAAAAGGUAUGUUAGAUCCUUUAGAAGUACAUUUGCUAGAUUUCCCAAAUAUUAUUAUCAAAGGAACAGAAUUAAAUCUUCCCUUUCAAGCUUUGCUAAAACUGAACAAAAUAGGAGACCUUAUAUUGAAGGCAACACAACCGCAAAUGUUGCUGUUCAACUUGUAUGAUGAUUGGUUAAAUACAAUUUCUUCCUUUACAGCCUUUAGUAGACUAAUUCUCAUUUUAAGAAGUUUGCAUAUAAAUCCACAGCAAACAAAAAUACUAUUACAACCAAAUAAAAGCAUAAUAACACAACCACAUCACAUUUGGCCCACCUUCAAUAACAACCAAUGGAUUAAUUUAGAAGUCCAACUUAAGGAUUUAAUUCUUAAUGAUUACUCGAAGAGAAAUAAUGUACAUAUUGCUUCCCUAACACAGAACGAAAUAAGAGAUAUUUUACUAGGUAUGGAAAUUACACCACCAUCAAUUCAAAGGCAACAAAUUGCAGAAUUAGAAAAAAAUAAUCUAGAUAACAUUGAACAACAGAUGAAGGUUACUACAACCAAAACGACUACAAAACAUGGAACAUCAAUUAUCGUUUCAACCUUAUCACCUCAUGAACAACAAACAUUUACAACAAAAACGGAUUGGAAAAUUAGAUAUCUAGCUAAUAACUCUUUGCUUUUUAGAACCAAAAAUAUAUACGUUAAUAAUAAUUCAUUAAAAAAUAUAAAUCAAGAAGGUGGUAAUGGCAUGAAUACAAUCAGUUCGAUUAAUGAAUACACGUAUGUCAUUGCAAAAAAUUUAUUAGAAAAAUUCAUAUGCAUAUCGGAUUUAAAAAUACAAGUUGGUGGAUUUCUAUAUGGUUCUUCCCCUCCAGACAACUCUUAUGUAAAGGAAAUUAAAUGUAUCCUUAUUCCACCGCAAAUAGGAAAUUAUCAAUCUGUUACUUUAUCAAAUUAUUUACCAUCUAGUAAAUAUUUAGAAAAUUUAGAAAUUCUUGGGUGGAUUCAUACACAAACAACCAAUUGCUCAAACACGAGUAAUCAUUUGACUACUUACGAUAUGGUUGCACAUUUAUCAUUUUUACAAGAAUGUAGAACUAAGAAAAAGAAAAAAACAGAAGGGACUACCAAUUCGGAUGAAGAUAUCACUGCUGAUGAUAAUGCGAAUGAUGAAAGUGGAGAAUUUUCUAAAAUUUGGGAUAAAAACAAAACCAUUAUUCUUACAUGUUCCUUUACCCCUGGUAGUUGUACAAUCAAUGCACAUAAAUUAACAGAUGAUGGAUAUAGCUUUGCAAAAAGUAAAAAAAAUUCAGCAGAUUUAUAUGCAUAUCCGAAUGCCAAUAAUUUAUAUGAACAAGUGCAAAUACUACUAUCCAAUGUAUUUGUUGGUUUCUUUUUAAUACCUGAUGAUAAUAUAUGGAAUUACAACUUGAUGGGUAUCAAAUUUAAUAAUAACCAAAAAUACUCAGCGCAGUUGGAUAUUCCUCAACCCUUCUACGCAGACAUACAUAGACCUAAUCACUUUUUACAAUUUUCUUUGCUAGACCAGCAUGAAGGGGAUGAAGCCGACGUAGAAACUUCAUUCAUAUAA